AUGCACACUUUUUUAAUUUUUACUAAAAGCCUUUUUUUUGUUUUUAUUUUCUGAUAAAACGCAAAACCUGAAAUAUUAGUUCUCCUUCCAACUUCUAGGCGAUCUACCACUUGCCCAAUUUAUGUACAUGUAAAAAAUUAUUUUAUUGAGGAUUUAGGAUCUCAAAAUUUUGUAUCCGUCUCUAGCCAAUUCAACAGUAUACACCAACUUGGUACCGACGGGAAGUGAUAAAUUUUAGUAUAUAAAGACCCCUCCUAUCCACCAAUAAGAGGUAGAACCAUUUUGCGUUUGCAAUUGCAUCCCAACUAGCUAGUCUCUUUCUCCCACAUAUUACUCCACCACACCAAUAUAAUCUCCUAAUAUCUCCACUCAAAAACAAAGCAAAGAUAUCAACAACAAAGAGAGAGAUUUCGAAUAAAAAUGAAAGAUAUUGUGCAAAAGAAUAUUAAUUCAAUUCUUGAAUCUUUACAAGAUAAGUCCAUGCUGCAACUCUUCUUGUUCAUUAUCCCUCUCUUCUUCUUAUACCUCUUCUCCACCUCUCGCCGGAAACGUUAUCCGCCAGGGCCAAGAGGCUGGCCUCUCAUUGGUAACAUGUUGAUGAUGGACCAGUUAACUCACCGUGGUCUUGCCAAACUAGCCCAAAAAUAUGGUGGCGUUUUUCACCUCAAAAUGGGUUAUGUCCACAAAAUUGUCAUCUCUGGUCCUGAGGAAGCUCGCCAAGUACUACAGGUACAAGACAAUAUAUUUUCGAACCGUCCAGCGACCGUAGCGAUCACCUACCUAACAUACGAGCGUGCAGACAUGGCUUUUGCUGACUAUGGACCCUUUUGGCGUCAGAUGAGAAAAUUAUGUGUCAUGAAACUGUUCAGUCGCAAGCGAGCUGAGUCAUGGGACUCAGUUCGCGAUGAAGUGGACUCAAUGGUCAGGAUCGUGACAACCAACACGGGCACAUCCGUCAACUUAGGGGAACUUGUUUUCGGUCUCACGCGUAAUAUUAUCUACCGAGCUGCUUUCGGAACAUGUUCAGAUGAAGGACAAGACGAAUUCAUUAAAAUUCUGCAAGAAUUUUCGAAGCUAUUUGGUGCAUUUAACAUGGCUGAUUUUAUUCCAUGGCUAGGGUGGGUUGGCCAGCAAGGGCUAAAUGUUAGACUUGCUAAGGCACGUGCUUCGCUGGAUGGGUUCAUUGAUUCGAUAAUUGAUGACCAUAUAGAAAGAAGAAAGGCGGGUACUAUUGAUGAUGGUGAUCGAGAAACUGAUAUGGUGGAUGAGCUUUUAGCUUUUUACAGUGAAGAAACAAAAGUAAAUGAGUCUGAAGAUUUGCAGAAUGCUAUAAGGCUUACUAGGGAUAAUAUCAAAGCCAUCAUCAUGGAUGUAAUGUUUGGAGGUACAGAAACAGUAGCUUCUGCAAUAGAAUGGGCCAUGGCCCAUCUUAUGAAGAAUCCAGAGGAACUUAAAAAGGUACAACAAGAAUUGACUAACGUUGUUGGACUCAAUAGAAAAGUUGAAGAAUGUGAUUUUGAGAAAUUACCCUACUUAAAAUGUUGUAUAAAAGAAACUCUACGACUUCACCCUCCAAUCCCUCUCCUCCUCCACGAAACCGCGGAGGAAUCGACAGUCUCUGGCUACUACAUUCCAGCAAGGUCACAUGUUAUCGUAAAUUCAUUUGCCAUUGGACGUGACAAAAAUUCAUGGGAAGAUCCUGAUGCUUUUAACCCUAGUAGGUUCCUUAAACAAGGCGUGCCAGAUUUUAAAGGUGGUAAUUUUGAAUUUUUACCAUUUGGAUCGGGUCGAAGAUCUUGCCCCGGUAUGCAACUUGGGCUUUAUGCAUUGGAAGUGGCUGUGGCCCAUUUACUUCAUUGCUUUACUUGGGAAUUACCAGAUGGGAUGAAACCAAGUGAGCUUAAAAUGGAUGAUAUGUUUGGGCUUACUGCUCCAUUGGCAAAUCGACUAAUGGCUGUCCCUAGUCCACGUUUAUUGUGUCCACUUUAUUGAAGAAGAAGAAAACAUGAUGGUAUUUUCUACUUGUAUACCCAUCGAUAUACACUAAUUCUUGGGCACAAAAAAAUGAAGGGCCUUUGAGAGGAGCAUAUUAAUGGUUUGUUUGGAAUUUUCCCUUUUUCUUUUUUUUUGUUUGUCCAUUAAAUGUAAUAUAGAUAUGCAUAUACAUAAUGGAGAGGGACCAAAGCAAAACGACGAAAAUAAUUGCUUGAAAGGGAAAGAGGAAGCGAUUGAAUGGUAUUUGUGUAUAGGAGACACCAUAUAUAUAUCUCUCUUUCCUUUUUGUUUUUUCCUUUUCUUAUUUUCAAUUAUAACAUUUGGCUUGUGAAUGUCCCUCUCUUCUUUGAAAAAAAUAAUCCAAAUCAAAUGAAGAUUUCAUCCUUGUUGAUUUA